AUCAAGCUCACAGCCAUCUGUUACCUCAUUUCCGUGCGACGAAGGCGUCUGAUGGUUUGAAGCAGAGGCAUGUGCAACAUUACCUGAUACUUGGUGGGGUAGUUCUUGGAAGAUGCUGCGUCUGUAACCAACAACUGUCUAAGAAGAAUAAAGAAUAAACUCCAUGUGAGAUGAUCCUGUGACCUUAGAGUGUGCAGAACAUCUCCUAGAACACCUCCAUCACUAACAGCAGCGCGAUGGCUCGGCCUCUGUUUGGAGGAGCCUUGUCAGCCACUAUCCCGCCCAGUGCUCAAGACAUCAGUGAGCUAAGGGAGAUUCCAGACAACCAGGAGGUUUUUGCCCAUCGGGACACUGACCAGAGCAUCAUAGUAGAAAUGCUGGAGUACCAGAGUCAUGUGGAAGAUGAAGAUGCAGCAAAGUAUCACUUUGAGGACGUGGCGGGAAGCAACAAGGCAUCGGAGCCGGGCACCUCUGAGGUGCGGUCCAUCCAGUGUGUCCCAAAGACAGAGCUGUCGCUGGGCCAGUGCUCCUCGGCCUGGCUCCUGACGGGGGCGCAGCUCGUCUCCAAGUUCAACGAGGAAGCGAAAAACACAGUGAAUAUCCACAUGUGCCUGUUUAGGCUUCCUCAGUUCUCCACAGAUAUCCUUGUAACCUUCAAUGACCCCGUCAUCAUCAACCCUCUCAGCAGCAGUAACGGUUCCGACGGGGAUGCUAGCCUGGCCUCAGAGCCCUGGACCGUGGAGGAUUUCCAGUGUGCGCUACAGUCCUUACAACUGCUUGACCCUGGAGUGUUUGGAUAGCUAAACAAAUGGAGGCCAUUUGGAGGCAAACAUUACGUAAAGACAUUUAGUACACGGAAUAUCCAUUCCUUGGUUGAAUUAAGGUGAAAUUGAGAUCCUAUCAGAUAUUGAUCUGGAAAUGAGUGGGAAACCUGACAAGGGACGACUGAGGUGAGGCAGUGCUGUUCAAACACAUUCAGUUUCUUCAAGAGUCCUCCAAUCAGCAGUGAGAGUGUGCCUCUCAGUUUGGCACCCAGAUCCAUUGAUAAGCACUGUUAAGUGUUGCAUGGUUCCUUCUUCCUUCUUCCUUCAUAAUAAACAGCUGUAUACCUUUUGACCUUCUCCAGUCCUCAUCCAGACUUGUGACAAUUGACUUGUGACCGAUAGUCACAUGAUAACGUGUCACAUUUGGACAAAUUUGACUACAUUUACGUUUAAAAUGUUGUUACCUGACAGUUUGUCAGUUAACAACAAGUGAAUGAUCUUUAUUAGUUAUAAGUGAAUGACCUGUUAGAAUAAAUGUACUUAAAUAAGUAAAUAAACUAUUUUUGGAUAUUA